UACUUGUUACCAACAUACCCUGUGUUUUUAAAUUGUGUUUUUUUUCCUUUUAAUAAAGAGUACACGACAUAAACUGUGCAUGUGAUCUUCGCAGAGUUUCUUCGACGAGGCUGUUUUAUUAUGGUUACAUUUCUCACACGUUACUGUUAAAUGUCACUGACAAAAACAAAACAUAAACUAAGUCUAUUUUCCUACGUUUUUAUUGUCUUUGAAGUCAUGUUUCAUUUUGAAAGGCAUUAACGAGUUCUAUUUUAUUGAUUAUCUCGGCCUAAGUAGUUUUAAAUUGUUUAAAUGAAAUGGAGUUUGUGGAGUACUUGUGAAAUGAUUAUUUUUUAAUCAAGCCUCGUUUUUUACUCAGCGUCUGUCAAUGAGUUUCAUGUGUCCUACUCUAUUUUUUUUAAAGUACUGAGUCAUGAUAUUUUUGCAUGGCUGUGUUGUUGAGGUACAUGUGUACGGACUGCACGGUAGAUUCUUGUCAGUAGCCUAUAUUUAUAAACUACUGUUGUAUAAAAAUGUAUUUUAUAUUUCUAAAGUAGAGUUUGUGAUUUUUUUUAAUGACUAAAGAUAUACAGAAGCUAAUGGACGUGCAAAAACAGCGAUCCAUAAGACACAUUGUUACAGUUCUGACUAGCGUCUCAUUUGUGUAUCAUGAGUUUUAAGUGGCUGAAUUGCUGGGUAGUUGAGUAAUGCUCAUUACUUCCAGAUUUCAAACAAGGCCUUCAAAUUGAAGAGAUGUACCCGACAGAAAAAAAAAAACAAGAAAGUCCAUCCAUGGGAGUGAUGUGCAAACUUUAAGAACCUCACCAGCUUGAAGAACAAAGACGGCUUACUCUCUGCUCAGAAGGAAGCUUGUUUACCGGAACCAAUGUUUCCAGUGAAAAUGUACUGUAGAGACACUUGUGUAGGAGUGUGUUUAUUGAGAGAUUAAGAAGGUCUCUUGUAUAGGAAUUGCACAGCUAUAAGCCAUGGAUGAUUAUACAACCAGAACAUAUGGAACCAGUGGACUGGACAACAGACCCUUAUUUGGAGAAACAUCUGCCAGGGAUCGAAUCAUCAACUUAAUAGUUGGUGGCCUCACAUCUUUACUAGUUAUAGUUACAAUUAUUAGUGCUUUUGUCUUCCCUCAUUUACCUCCAAAACCUGUGAAUGUCUUCUUCGCCAUUUGUAUCAUUAUGAGUUGCGCCUCAGUUAUAGUACUUAUUUUCUGGUAUCGCCAAGGAGACCUGGAACCUAAAUUCCGAAAUCUGAUUUAUUAUGUCUUAUUUUCAAUAGUAAUGCUUUGCAUAUGUGCCAAUUUAUACUUCCAUGAUGUGGGGAAAUGAGAGACAACAAAAUGCCUUAUAGACAUUGUACUGACAUAACAAGGAGCUGUUCUACGUGGAGAUCUUGUACCUUACAAAAGCACAAAGAAUGUAAUCUCUGUACAAGAAGCAGUAGUAUUAUAUAAUGUAAUCAUAAAAGAAUGGAUUAAUUGUGAAUAUAUAUUUAAAGAUCAUUUAAAUUGA